CACAUCUCCUGACUUGCCAAAAAGCCAUCGUCGAAUUGGUGACAGUCAGCCUGUAUCUCUCUCAGUGAUGGGUAUCUCGAUAAUACUUGCUUUCUUUAUAUUAAGAACAACCUGGAAAGUUGUCUACACUUUGACUUGGAAGGAUCCCAUGCACGAGCACGACGGCUUCGGCAAUGCAAUGAGCAUCUCGGUCCCGCUGGAAUCUGCACAAGAUGGAUACAUACAUAGAGUGCUCAUAGGGAAUAAUGGCCAGGAAUUCAAAGUGAUGGUUACCACGAGCAGCACGUUGUUAUGGGUACCGAAAGUUGGUUGUAAAGGUUCUGGUAGCAGAAGGACGUAUAAUCCCUCUCCAUCGUUUGAGGAGGACGGCAGAAAUUGGACACAGAAAAGUUACGGUGGAACCACAAAUGGUGAGCUAGGAAUCGAUGAUGUCAAGAUCGGCGGUUUACUGAAACCAACAUGCAAUUUCGGAAUGGCCACAAAUAUAUCGACAGAUACGAAACUGCCAGUAGACGGAGUGCUUGGACUUGCACCAUUCGCUGACAGCUCUAUCCCUGGUCAACCAUUCAUGGCUCAGAUCAAAGAUCUGCUGACCUCGCACAUGUUCACCAUUUACUUGAGCCAGCAAUCCGGCUCAAAUGCAGGUUCUGUCACUUACGGUUCAGUUAACAACGACAAUUGUGUGAAGAUGUCGACGAAGCAAGCCUUCGUGAGAGCAUAUUACUUCAAGAUGAGCUCAGUUUCGCUGGGGAAUUUUACACAUUCCUACAGGGAUAAUGCAGUGCCUGAAUUAAUUCCAUUUAUUAUCGGCCCACAAGAAGUAAUAGACGGCUUGGCCAAAGCUGCUGGAGCUACGCUCAUAGACGGUUCCUAUGAAAUUCGCUGCAACGCUACCAUACCGAAGCUGGAGAUAAAAGCUGGAAGAUAUGGAUAUUCCAUACGAUCAAAUAGGCUUAUCGUGAAGAAGGAAAGCAGAUGUGUACUUGCAUUAGCCUCUCAGACAGGCGGUGGAUUUGGUUUACAAUGGUACUUUGGCGCUCCGCUACUUCAAGAAUACUGCAUCACUUUCGAUUUGAAGACAAGAUAUCUUGAAUUCCGUGGCACAAAAAGUAGUCCCACAACCGGCAGCUCCACCCGCAGAUUACCGACUACUACACCGAAAAACAUAACUAGUUCUUCAACAAAAACUACACGCAGAGUACUCUCUACCACACCAAAAAGAAAUACCACUAUCUCCUCAACAAGAACAACUCGCAAAAUCCCGACUACUACAACGAAGAAGACCACCACCUCUACACGGAAAACAACUCGCAGAAUAACAACUACUACACCAAAAAGAAACAUUACUACUUCGUCAACGAGAACAACUCGCCGAAUCCCAACUACUACACCAAGAAAAAUCAGCACCUCCUCUACGAAAACGACUCGCAGAAUAGUAUCUACUACAUCAAAAACAAACGCAACCACCUCUAGACCAACAACAACUCGUAGAGUACUUUCUACCACACCAAGAAGAAAUCUUACCACUACCCGGAGGUUUACAUCGACACCACUACAAACUACAACGAAGCUUGCACCCACCGCUUACCUUUACCGUCUUGUUAGUUUCAUGGUGUUUUCAGUAUUUUGCAUGUGGUAAAAAUGGAAAGGCGAUUUCUACCUUUUUCUUUUAAUCAUUUAUUCUAUCUACAAAAAUUCUCGAUUAACUCAUGUAAGAAUAUUUGCAUUGUUUAUUCACAUCCCAUUAUGCAUGUUGAUAAAUGAGAAGAAUUGGGACAAA